GGUAGAGACCAUACGAGAGACUUGGUUGUUGGUGGGAUAUGCAGAAGACAUUUCUCAGUCCAGAAACCGAGACAAGCUUCCAAGCAAAUAAGGGCUCACUCCCUCCAGAAAUUUCACUAUUUUUAAACAUUUCCAAAUUUCCACCGAUUUCAAAUUGAGAAGGACGACACAAAGAAAGGCAAGGGAAGCUCCGAUUGGAAAUUGUGGAGCAGCCUGAAAAGCAGGAUUUGACGAAGGAAAGAUUUUCUACUCUGGAACCAACUGCAUCCCGAACACACACGCUUCACGCCAAAAUUUUGAGAACGAGCCGUUGCGAAAGGGUUGCAAGUAAGGAAACUUCCGAGCAGAACGAGACGUUGAACGGGAUGGAGGUCACCCAUACCCAACAGAAAUUGUUCGGAAGACAGAAAGCGCUCGUCCCCACAACGGAGAAAGUGGAAAGUUUUUCUCCUCACUCCGUCCAACCACGUCCCACAGCACGUGACGAUGACCACGUGCAGUCUCCCUCAUCCAACAGCAGGUCAUUAAAGGCUAAGAAAUCAGCCUCAGUUGGCAGAAAUGGCGUGAAGCCUGGUCGUCGCACAGGUGAGAAAAUAUUUCCAUGCAAAACAUGCCUUCGUCCCUUCACCAACGGAUCCAGUGCUGCCGUCCACGCCCACACCCACCUCAACCCCGACGAGCUGGAGCGGUCGUCAUUUUUCCAUGGGAAAUGUCCCCACUGCGAAAAAGUGUUUUUCCAUUGGCAACAGUUUACCAACCACGUGGACGCGCAUGAAGGUGGGAAGAACCACGCCUGCCCCGUGUGCAAGCAGAAGUUCACCCAGAAAGCAAACUUGACUCGUCAUCUCUUCGUCCACCUGAGCGGCGAGGAGCGCGUGGAGGUGCGGCAGGGCUGGCGACACGUCUGCUACUUCUGCGGUAAACGGUUCCAAAGUCUGUCCCAUCUCAGUCGUCAUGUGGUGGCCCACACGAAAGAAAAGUUUGGCGGAAGGUGUGACAUUUGUGGAAAAACGUUCUCCACCAAUCAAACCCUGACCAAUCAUCGGUUCUCCCACCUCUCCGAGGACGAGAAGGUCGCCCUCGUGAAGCAGGGUUCGGGUCGAGUCUGCCUCUUUUGUCAGAAGAAACUCCCUGAUAACCACACUUAUCAUGCGCACCUGGUCUCCCACACGAAGGAGAAACCUUUCCCCUGCGACCAGUGCGGGGCGCUGUUCAGUCGUAAUGGUGACUUCAUCAAGCACAAGCGCAUUCACACUUCCAAUCCAAAACCGUUUAUUUGCGACGAAUGCGACCAAGCCUUCGCUCGAAAAGGAAAUCUGACCAGUCACAAGAAGACGGUGCACCGGAAGUUGAAAGACGUCACGUGUCCCGAGUGUGGCAAGAAGUUCGGGACGAAGAGUGUCAUGGUGAAACAUCUGAGGAGUGUUCAUGCCAAGAUCCGACUCCUCUGCCCCCACUGUGGGGGGACGUUCAAGAGCAAAUAUUAUCUUUGGAGACAUUUGAAGAAGUUUCAUCCCUCGGAUUAAUGUAUAACUUAAACGGACGAAAUAUUGAUAAACAUGGCAUAAUUGAAUUAUUGAGUUGUAAAGAAUUUUUGUUACCUUUUGACGAUUUUUGUGUAGUAAAGUCAUUCUAGUUUGUGUAAAACUCUG